GAUGACGCGUUUAGAGAUUCUAAAAUAAAGGAACUUUAUUUUACCGAUUGUGAACUCAAAGAAAUUGAUUCUGCUUCAUUGCGUGGUCUUGAAUCAUCUCUCGAGCUUUUAGAUAUAUCGGGAAAUAAUAUUACUGAAUUACAGCAAAAUAUUUUUCAAGAAUUUGAUUUUUUGAGGACACUUAUUUUCAAGGACAAUAAAAUAGCAACUUUUUCACCAGUGGAAGUAUUUACGGGUUUUCAGUACUCACUAUACAACCUAGAUUUAAGUGGCCGACAAAAUGCAGCGAUAUCUCUUCAAGACCUGCGGCAAAUGCGUAACUUGCGUUGUCUUGCUUUGUCUAAAUUAUCACACGACUCAUUGUCAGCUGACGAUUUCAUCGAAUUCGGUAUUGACGUGAAAGAGUUACGCAUAACACGCAGCAAUCUAAACAGCAUCAAAAGUCAUGCAUUCACACAUGUUCGGGGAAUAAAAUAUUUAGACUUUUCGGAAAACUCUAUUUCGUCGAUGGACGAUGAAGCAUUUUCUGAAGUGGGACAUUCUUUGUUGACACUUAAACUUGCUCAUGCUCUAUCCAGUUCAUUGAGUGAACUGCCUAGUAAACCAUUUAAAUCUCUUACUAAUUUACAAUAUCUUGAUUUGAGUAACAAUAAAAUUCGUUCAAUGUCUGACACGUGUUUUCAUUUUUUGAAACGAAUCAAGAGAAUUGAACUUCAGGACAAUGAAAUAACUGAAAUACGAAAAGGAACUUUUCAGGGUGACAUACACUCAACAUUAGAAGAAGUUGAUUUCGCGUUCAAUCACAUAACAAAUCUCCAAACUCAUACAUUCGUCGAUUUGUCAGUGAUGACAUUUUUAAACUUGCAAGACAAUAACAUCGACAAAAUCGAACGACGUGCCUUCAUGAAUAUGAAUCGAUUGAAAUAUAUUAAUUUAAGAGGAAACAAAAUAAUUAGUGUCGUCGAUGAAGCCUUCCAAAAUUUGCCAGAUCUUGAAUUUUUGGAUUUAGCUUACAACAAAAUGAAUGAAUUUGAUUUUGCUUGGUUUGACCAAGUCGGAACUCUAGCUUCUUUCAAAGUCAACGCCAGUCACAAUUCGAUCAGUAAACUAGAAAUAAAUACUUCUAUGGAAUACGCUUUGACUCAUCUGUAUUUAUCUCAUAACAAAAUAGUCAACAUGUCGCAAGCAGUAUUCGGUAAUCUGCCGCACCUUCAAUGGCUUGAUUUACGUCACAAUGAACUCAGUGACAUUGAUUUUGACUGCUUCCGUAAUACUAAGAAUAUACAAGUGCUGCUGCUGUCUCACAACAAUAUCGCGGAAAUCCCCGUGGAAACUCUAAGAAGCCUAAAGAAGUUACGCAUUUUAGAUUUGUCAUACAACAGACUACGAACUUUGCCAGAUAAUUUGUUCACCGAUGCUACUAUCGAAAGUCUUGACCUCUCAAAUAACCAAUUUAUGCGCUUACCAACAAAAGCAAUUACUGGUACGGCAGCAGCUUCUAUUUCAAUUCUUGAUUUGUCCUGGAAUUUUUUGUCAAGCAUCAACGUCGCUGAUUCUAUAAAUAAAUUUCGUAAGAAAAAUUUUCCCAAAAAUUAA